CGGCCCUCUCCGCGGCCCCGCAACUGCGCCGUCCGCGGCGGGUCCCGCCCGGGGAGGCGGCGGCGGGGGAAGGGGGAGGAGAGGCGGCGGAGUGCAUUGCCUCCCGAGGAAUCAAACGGGGAGGGGAGAGAGGAACGUGCGGAGGAAGGGAGGGAAGGACGGGCCGGGCUGGGGAGGGUCCCGGUCCCGGUCCCGCCCGCCUCGGAGCGCCCGCGUCGCCGCCGCGCCGGGACCGCGGGGAGAGUCGCUCGGGGCGGCCGCCACCCGCCGGCCCCGCGCCCAUGUGCUCCCGGCAGCCGCGGCGGGCAGCCCCCGCGCCCGGCGUGACAGGAUCUUUGACUUCAUGAUGGGAGGAAACAUCCCCCUGGCUGUCAGGAUCCGAGCUUCUCCCAGCGCGAGGAUUUGUCAAGGCUGAGAGACUCCGGAUUAUCCAUAAACCUUCUCUAAAAUACACAGCUGCUUUUCCGUCUCCCCAUCACGAGGGGUCCUGGAGCAGAUACAAAGAUGGCCUCCAGCCUCACCUGUGCUGGUGUUGUCUGGGCCUUCCUCUCCUUCCUCUGUGCUGCCGCCUCCUGUGUGGGCUUCUUCAUGCCCUACUGGCUCUUGGGGUCUCAGCUGGAGAAGUCGGUUUCCUUCGGCACUUUCCGGAGGUGCUCCUACCCAGUGCGGGAUGAGAGCCGCCAGACGACGGUGAUGGUGGAGCAGUGUGGCCGCUAUGCCUCCUUCCAGGCCAUCCCGAGUGCCGAGUGGAGGAUCUGCACGGUGGUGACGGGCCUGGGCUGUGGGCUGCUCCUCUUGGUGGCCCUGACGGCGCUCAUGGGCUGCUGUGUGUCCGAGCUCAUCUCCAGGACCGUGGGCAGGGUGGCAGGAGGCAUCCAGUUCCUGGGGGGUUUGUUGAUCGGCUCUGGUUGUGCCCUCUAUCCUCUUGGCUGGGACAGUGAAGAAGUCAGACAAACCUGUGGUAACCUUUCCAACCAGUUUGAAUUGGGGACCUGCCACAUCGGCUGGGCCUACUACUGCACGGGCGGGGGUGCGGCUGCGGCCAUGCUGGUGUGCACCUGGCUGGCCUGCUUCUCGGGCAAGAAGCAGAAGCAGUACCCCUACUGAGCCAGCCCUGGGGCGCGGGCGCUGCCAGACGCCCGAGGGGCUUGCCGAUGUCUUCUGGAAAACGACGACGAACAAGACAUUUUUAAGUGCUUUCUCUCUGGAGUGGGCGUGGGGCGGGACGGCAGGUGGCCCCGGGGAGGGCAGGGAGGUGAACAGCAGCGCAAAGCCACCCGGCCGGGCUGGAGAGGGACGGGCUUUCUCACCCGAGCCCGCUUGUGGUCGGCUCUGCAAAAAUAUAAGCAAGGAAAACUCCGCUUUGGCAAAUGGUGAAAUUCUGCGUGCAGCAAUUAAUUGAGAGGUUGGUGGGGGGACAGCAGUGCCGGGGACUGGGGUAGUGCCCGGCAGCCCCUUGGCAUGGCACUCCCAAAAGCACACACGCACGCACAGAUGUUGACCAUGGCACAAGAUGAGUAGAGAGGAAACUUUUUUUGGUGCGAUUCUUCUUUCUUUUCCUUUUUUUUCUUCCUUUUUUUUUACUUCUCUCUGGUAGUUUAAAAUUCAGUGUUGCAACACUUUUUAAUCUAUACAUUAAACUUAAUAAAAGGACCAAUAAGCCACUUUAUCAGUAUUUUGUAUAUUCUCUACACAUUUUUCUUCCCCAAACAUUUAGCCACUGCUUAUUCAGCCCUAUAUAACUUUUAUUAAGCCUCUGUGUUUUCAGCAUUAUUACAAAAAUGCAACAUAAUUACUUGGCAUAUGUAGCCUUUCCCUAUAGUACUUUUAUGAAGUGCAGUAAAUGGACGUUUUUCUGUCCAUUGGAAAUUCCACUCACGGUACUGUAGAGUUCUGUUGGUUAUGUACAACUAACAGGAAACUUCUUCCAGACAUAGAUUUCUGUUGCUGUUACGUUUAGCUCAUUGAUGUCGUAUUGUGCUGUACCAUGUUUAUGAUUUCAAUAUUCAUUUUUGUAAAAAAAAAAUAUAUUAUAUGUGCUAUUUUAUGUUUGUAUUUGCAAAAUCUCUGUAAAUAAAUUUUUCCUUGAUCA